GCUGUACAUCAGGCCGUACAUCAGGCCGAUCAUGCAGGAGCUGUUGCAUGUGGUAAAGGAGACGGAGAAUGACGACCUAACCAACGUCAUUCAGAAGAUGAUCUGCGAGUAUAACCAGGAGGUGGCCGCCAUCGCUGUGGACAUGACCCAGAAUCUGGCGGAGAUCUUCACCAGGGUCCUGCAGAGUGAGGAGUACGAGGAGAAUGAGGACAAGACUGUCAUGGCCCUCGGCAUCCUCAGCACCAUCGACACCAUCCUCACUGUCAUGGAGGACCACAAGGAGAUCACUCAACAGCUGGAGGGGAUCUGUCUGCAGGUGAUCGGCCUGGUCUUGCAGAAGCCCAUCAUAGGUAUGGCAGUUAGGCUGUCCAGGUCUGAUGCGGAAUGUGAUGCCAAACACCCAGAAGUCUUUUGGGGCAAGACCAAGUCUCAAUUCAAGUCCAUCCACACUGAAACACCUAAACAACUGGACAACAGCUAA